UGCAAGAUGUAUCAACUUCUAACUUAUCUCAGCUGUUGUCUGCUGCUUGUGGCAGGCAUCACAGUGAUUCCUGAGUCCGUGGAGGAGGCAAUGACAGAGUCUUCCUUUGAGUUUCCCGAGGAUUUCACAUUGCAUGAACUUGGCGAACCAACUUCAGAGGAAGAUCAUGUGAUGACGGCCCACAAGAUUAACUGGAUGCCCAUUGCACAGGGUGUGGAUCCAGUGAAUAUGAGGGAAGCUCGAGAUUUGGAGCACGUGAUGCAGCCGCUGGAAGUGAUUAGUGAGACAGUCCCGACAGAUUCUAUCCCCGCCAAGCAAAUAAGCGUAGUACAAACUAAAGUAAAGGAAGAUUUGACAGUGGAGCAGGUCGAGAAUGUUGAGGUUGAGGAGGUGGAGGAGCAGGAGGAGGAUCAUGUGCCACGUGAAGGCAGUGCAUGUCCGUCUAACGCGGAGCGCGGUCUGACACGCCUCAUUAUCAACGCCCGCCCCCUUUUACCCGUCGAGCGUCUACGCAAUAUUCUUGCCCAUGCCAAGGAGGAUGCCGAGGUGAGGGAUCUUCUAAAGCUCCUGCGCAGUGAUGAGUUCAAGGAACGCGUUUCACGUCUGCGCGGCACCAAAGAGAAAGGCGUCCUCAGGGAUUAUGUGUGCCAGGGACUGAAGCUCAAUCACGCCUACUUCAUGGACUAUGUGGAAAUGUUCCUCAAUAUUCAAACUACAGAGAUGUCCAGCAGUCCAGUGCCCAAUCGUCGUAAAGGUGUGCGAGGAUUGUUGCAGGAUCUGCGUGAUGCUUUGCCUCGUGCUCAGCUCAGAGAUCUCUAUCGCCGUCAAUUGGCUGUUGAUAAGGAACUCAACACCGCAGUUCGACGUAUCCGGAGUUCCGAGUUCCGACGUCUCUUGAGCAACGUGCGCGCCUUGCCGGAGUAUCGAGCGGUUCGAUCUGAUCUGGAAAAAGCUGGAGUUCCGCUACAGCAGAUACUCAAUUUGGUGUCCAACGCUUUGGGCUGGGGCACUAUCGACAUGGGCAGUGAGACAAUUAUUGCGGGUGUUUAAUAUGGAGUCAAAUAUACACAAUUUAUUUCCACUAUGAUCAGAGGUUUUCCAGAAAUUAAAUCUAACCGAAAACCAACCCAGAAACCAUACUAUUUUGUUUGGUUAUCGGUUGGAUUGAAUUUCUGAAAUAACCCUGAGUAUCACAAUUUCUAACUUGGAAAAUGUAAAUUCUUUCAAAUUUCUUUGUACUAUAACUGUUCUGUAUUUUUCUAAACUUUCUAAAUUUUUACAUUAUGCGCAGCAAAAGUUAGAGUUAUACAAAUGUUCUUGAAAACUAGAAAAAUUCUUUAUAAAUUUUGUAAAUGGUUUUAAUAAUAAAUAUCAUCACUAUCAUCAGAAAA